AUGGCAGCUGUCAUCCCUGGACCUUCCGGCCCCUAUUCAGUGGCAUUGAAGACGCACACAUUCGUAGACGAGAAACGAUGGGACCCAUUCGCUCCGGCAGACCAGCCCGAGAAGAGACGCCUGCUGGUCUCCGUCUUCGUACCGAUCAAGAAGGAUGCCAGCUGCACCGUUGAUACCGUCCCUUACAUUCCGCCUCUGACAGCAACGGUUAUCGGUCAGAUGACAAAACAGCUUGGCUUACCCGACACUGUCUUCCAAGGGCUUGAGAUCGAAUUCUGCAGCACGGGGGCAACAUGCACAUCCAAGACCAAGUACCCGCUCGUAGUCUUCUCUCAUGGCCGCGCAGCCGUCCGAUCGGCGUAUAGUGUCCUGGCGAGAUCCUUUGCCAGCUACGGGUACAUCGUCGUUGCCCCGGACCACACCUACGACGCGGCUGUAGUCGAAUUCCCUGAUGGAGCUGUGGCAUAUGUGCAGGACCCCACAAACAACGAUGAGAAUUACGUCAACCUCUUGAUCAAAGCUCGCCAAGAAGACAUGAUUUUUGUCAUCGAUCAAUUCACGAGUUCCUCCGUAACCGGUCCACUCUUGGCCGGCACGAAUGCUGCCAUCGAUUCAAACCGCAUCGUAGCAGUCGGCCACUCUUUUGGGGGCGCCACUGCGGUUGCAACGGCAUACGCUGACGACCGCGUUCUCGGAUGCUUAAAUUACGACGGCCACAUCAUCGGAGACGUGGUUGCCAAAGGCACAGAAAAGCCAGUGGUUCUGGUCGGCACGCCAGCCACGGACGAGUACACGCCUUCCUGGGUCGUGGCUUGGCCGAACCUCCGUGGUCCGUCCUUGAGGCUCUCCGUCGAGGGUACUACGCACCUGGCAUACUUCGAUGCGCCUUUGCUGCCGACUGUACAAAGCUUACCCUUGGAGUUCCAAGCCGUGAAAAACGCGACCUUGGGUACUAUUGACGGUGACCGAUUAGGAGAGAUCAUGACCGCACUCCUCCGAAGGAUGCUUAAUUUUGUUCUGGAGGGCGAGGACGAUGGUCUGUGCAACGUCGAGGCGCUUGGUCCAGAGAUUAAGAAGGCAGAGGAAAAGGGGUUCGCUUGCGCUUGA